AUGGUGUUAGCUCUUGAGAUGGUUAAGGGUUGCGAUGGUGCUAUGUUGGAAAUCAAGGGAAACCAAGGGUUGAACAAUUGGCGCCAAUAUUUUGGAGAUGAAGCGAAGCCGCACCAAUAUCUUAGAGAUGAAGUGAAGCCGCAUCAAUAUCUUGGAGAAAAGGCGAAGCCGCACCAAUAUUUUGGAGAUGAAGCGAAGCUGCACCAAUAUCUUGAGGAUAAAGCGAAGCCGCACCAAUAUCUUGGGGAUGAAGUGAAGCUGCACCAAUAUCUUGGGGACGAAACGAAGUCGCACCAAUAUCUUGGGGAUGAAGCGAAGCCGCACCAAUAUCUUGGGGAUGAAGCGAAGCCGCACCAAUAUCUUGGGGAUGAAGAGAAGCCGCAUCAAUAUCUUGGGGAUGAAGCAAAGUCGUUCCAAUAUCUUGGGGAUGAAGCUAAGCCGCACCAAUAUCUUGGAGAUGAAGUGAAGCCGCAUCAAUAUCUUGGAGAUGAAGCAAAGCCAUACGCUUGA